UGGUAUUGGAGACUGAUAAGCAGGUUGACGAGAUUACAACACUCUACGCAACUCGACACAAACUUAGGUGAGGCACCUGUGCGUCCGAAAAACGAAUAAUCAGUACGAAUAGUUUAGCAAGUGGAAGAAGCUUCCAUUUAACGAUCCGACACAUACAGAAACGACACCAAAGAGCAACGGCAUGCAAUUUGAGCAACUGAAGGCAGUCGCUGUCUGCCUUUGCCUGGGUUUGAUCCUGGCGAUUGGCUCAGUGGAGGCGCAGGAGAAUGCACAACUGAACAUACCACCCUCGCUGAUAGAAUGCUACAAUACGUCCUACUUUAUGAACCGGGACAACCGUCUGCCCGCCAAUAUGGACACACUCAUCUCUCUGAUUGAGAAGGUCGAGUUGAGCUAUGCCGCAACCGGAUACCAGAUGGACAUUAGACAGAUCUCGGUGGCUCUGCUGCAUCGGUUCCGUCAGGAUGGCAUUAAGCGUGCCCCCGGCGUUACCCCUGUCGCCGGGGUUAUUCCUUAUAGUCCCACAGGAUUUCAGUUCCCCAAGUUCCGCAUACUUCUCUCCCGUCUGCUGCAGGGAAAUGCCAAUAACUUUCCGAACAGCUCGUUGACCAGCACGGAACGCUGUUCCCUGCACUUCAUGAUGUCCAGCACUUUUGAUACCAGGUUGCGUGGAGAUGAGAACACCGUGUGUGGCCAGCUCUCCCAGUAUCGGGCACAGCGUCUGCCCCGUUCCCCCAAGAAAGACGUCUCUAACAACUUCAUUGGUGAUGCGGAAUGGUUGGACGAACGGCCGAAGCGCCAACGAUCCGGAUCGAACUAUAUGCUUGGAGAAAUGGACUACAAUGACAAUGACUGGGCGUAUGCGGUGCCAGAGGGUAACAGCCAAUGUCCCGUGGAAGAUGGAGUUGUGCGCACUCCUUGGGGCACCGUCUCGGCAGGAGCUUUGAUUGCGGGCGUGGCCACGGGACUGCAGCAGCAGACCAUCAAUCUGAACACUCUUCUCUCUCUGUCCAGCCAGCGACGUGGUCGCACUCAGUCCCAAACGACUGCGUUCGCAGUUGACAAUCGUUGGGCAGCAACUCUGGGAGGUGAUCUCGCCGAGGUGACGCUUGUCCAGGUACCGGUCACAAAUAAUAAUGCGGCCUCGGUGGGCGCAACCGGUGGCUGGAAUGACACGGUCCUGCCCCACUGGUACUUCCUCUCUCAGCGCAACAACCUAGAGGCAACCGAUGCAGAAAUUCGUGGCGGACUUGAUGGUUUGAUCAUUGCCAAGAACAUAGCCAACUGGAGGACACAGGCCUCCGGGCUGAAGCUGUCGCAGCUGCUCCGCAUGUACUACUCCACAACUGGAGUGCUGGGUACUGGAAUUCAAGCCUGCAGUCGUCAGCAACAGUUCCCCGUCGUGGCGCCCAUUGCGGAGAUGCAGGGUCAGGUCAGCGCAUUUGCCCAGGUUCUCGAUCGCGAGAUGCAACUGAAGGUUACCCUCUCACCGGAAUCGAUUGCCAACUUUGCCAGCACUGCGGCCCUUUCGCUGGUGACCUAUGUGCCGCAAUCCUUGAACGAUGUAUCCUGCUCGGCAAGCACAAACCAGGAGUUGUCCGACAUUAUUACCCCCAUGACGAAUCUGUACAUCUUCUUGGACACCUCUUGGCAGUACAGCUCCAUUGUGGACUACGUCGCUUACAUCCUGCAGCAGCUGAAUAUCCAUCCUUAUGCCAGCACCGUGACAAUGCUCUCGGCCUUUGAUGGAUCAGUUAUAGUGAACACCACGAGUUAUGUGACCGAUGUCUAUCAGCAGUGGAAUGUGACCACGCAGGCGCAGUAUACUCAGGGUUUCAAUCUGCCCACGGUUCUCCGUACGAUCCAAAACCUCACCCAGACUCUGCUGAAUGGCGAGCAGACGAACUCCAGUGUGGGAGGUCGUUCAUUGGUGGCCCUGAUCCUUCCCAAUCAGGCAACUGUGAAUGAUGGCGACUCCAACUAUGCCAAGACUGAGUUGCAGUACAUUUACGAGCAGAUUCCGGAUCUGCGUUUCGUCUACUAUGGUGGUGGCAACAUCCAGCGCUUCUCAAGUUUCGUGCGUGACUCGCAGAAGGAUCUGUUCUCCCUCACGCCGGGAAAUACCGUGGCGACAACGGCAGGACCUGUUGCUAGGCGCAUAAUAACGAUUCCUCGUCGCAUCAUCAAUCCUCGCUGUGGUUCCGCCUGGUACACCAACAGCUGGGGCACGGAUCAGAUGUAUCAGUAUGUGCGUCCGGGUACCGUUAACUUCUACCGCAUGGCCUCCAACUACUUCUUCGGAGCGGGCACCAAUCGGGUGGUGACCAUACAAUCCCAGAACGGCGGCAGUUUCACCGUCUGCUCAUCCCGCAGCAUCGAGUGGCCGCAACAGAACUCGACGACCUCCUCGCAGACCGGCUCAGCGGAUCAGAGCUGCGUGCAGAUCAGCGGCAACAGCUUCUCCUAUGAUCUGUCCAAUGCCUGCAAUGGCUACUACACCAUCACACAGUGUCCUCCCCUCUAUCUGUCCGUGCAACCUGGCUCCAUCAAUACAACAUCCUGCACCCAGGACGCCUGUCAGACGCCCGAUCAAUGGCGUUACGUGGUCUCCUCGGUCAACAUGGGCUGCUACAGUGGAGUCUCGGGUUUGGCGGCCAGUCUUUUGACCAUUCUGCUGGCCCUGCUGCUGCAACAAUCCCUCCAGUAGGCGUCACAUUAUACAUAUAGUUAAAGUCGAGUUCCAGUUCAAAUUAUCCCCCACAUCUUGUAUGUAUGUAUGCGCCCACAAACAUUAUUAUUUGUCAUAACUUAUUACUAUAAUUCUUUUUGUAUUUAAGUUGUAAGUUCGAGUGAACAAAAUUCGCUAAUAAAGUCCCCACUUGAACUACA